AUUAAAAUAUUAAAUGAUAGUCAAUACGAAAUAGUUUAAUACUUUUUGAGGGAUUCAAGGAAUGUCAGCCGGCAUGAACUCGAGAAAAAGUCAUUUAAUUAAUCAAAGAUUCCCCUCGAAAAAGAGAUGAGCUUUCGCUGUAGUAGGUGGGCUUUCUGGUCCAGAGUCCCGUUUUAAAUGCCCAUUGGCCCCCGUGAUGCGUGCGACAGACAGCUCGCAGGCCCAAUGAACGUCCAGAUUGGCAAGAGGCGUCUCACGUACAGGAAGUUCAGCCAAUCAGAGGUAGCCAGGGGGCGUGGCGGGAGGUUUGAAACGCAACUUUUAGAAUUUGGGACCGAAUGGUAACAGAUCUACAGGCGAUCUCUGAAUUCGACGAGUGAACGAGUUUUCAGGUUUGAGAAUACUAUCUCCUUCCGCCUAAAGUCCUUUCUUCUUUCUCCGCCGGGACCCUCUGUCUGGACGGCGCUGGGGCCUCCACUCCUCGGAACCAAGGCAGGUCCUCCCCUCCUCCCGCCCUCGCGGGCAGCUGACCGGCGGAGCAGUGAGGAUGGGCUCGGCCAAGAGCAUCCCGGCCACCCCGGCCCGUCCUGCGCCCUGCAACAAGCACCUGGCGCACGUAACAGAUCCUCGUUCUCCCAGUGCAGGCAUUCUGCGCACCCCUAUCCAGGUGGAGAGCUCACCACAACUAAGUCCCUCUGCCAUGGAACAGCAGCAGAAAGCCACGACCAAAUAUAUACAACAACCUCAAGACUCUGAUCCCCGUUCUCCCACAUUUGGCAUUAUCCGAACACCCAUGAAAACCAGCACUGUAGACCCUUCAAACCAGCUGGUAAAGCAGCUUAGUGAGGCCUUUGGGGCUGAAGCCUCUAAGCCAGAGCAUUCCACUGAGCCAGCCCUACCUGUGAAGUUUUCAUCCCAGCCUGAGCAGGACUUGUCUCCAUUCUCCCUUGAACGACAAAUACCACCAGCCUCCCUGAGCCAAAUUGAGGUUUCCCGAAAACAGACAAACACUACAGAAGUAACAGAACAGCUUCCAGCACCUCGAAUGACCAGCCAGGACCCUGAUAAGUUCUUGAGAGGCUCUGAGACUCCUUGUUCUUCAGGUUCUAAGCCCCCUAGAAGGAAACCUGCUAGCAAGGUCCUAGGGAGAUCACCCCUCACCACCCUGCAGGAUGAUAAUUCCCCUGGUCCCCUGAUGCCUCGGCAGGGUAAACGUUCCACAGUGCUGAGUGAGAAUGUGGGAGAUCGGAAAGAAGGGGCUAUUCUGGUAACUGGACACCCUCUGAAGAUCACUGGAUGGGCCUGGGAUCAGGGUCAUAACAAAGAGAACCAGCAUUGUUCCUUGGUUGAGAACUAGAGCCUAAUUUGUUCUGCUCUAGACUUUGAUGCUUCAUUUUAUCUCCUCUCCUAAUAGCCAAGAGAUGAACAUUUGUUCUUCUUGCCUCCCCACAAAACCAAAGUAAUCAGCUCUGACAGAGAGCACGUCAUGUUCUCCGUAUUUCUGUGUUUAAGCUAAUUCCCCCAUCUCCACUUUGUACAGUGUGUAUUUGAAGUAUGUAUGAUUUAUAUUAAAGAAAAUGUUGAAAAAGUUAAAA